ACUUGGGCAUCCAAUAAGAGAUCUUGCCAAUAUGAUGCUCUAAGAGAUCUCGGCCAACGUAAAGUUUUUAUGUGCACAUAGCCGCCAAGACAUAUCCCAUGAUCGGUGACGGGACGGCGGCGGCGAAUGUGAGCAACAACCACCACCCUGCAAUCUUUCUACCUUCAUCUUCCACCGCGUCUCACUCCCACCAUCAUCACCUUCUCUCUUCUGUCCCUUCCGACGCCACCUGCAAGAUGGCCAGAAAGCGUGCCGCCUCAGAGAUGGAGCUCCAGACCGGUGCCGGAGUAGCCGAGCACAACAGGUUCCUCCGGCGUGCUGCGGCGGCCAUGAACGUCCCUGUCCCCGGCGAUUUAAGGGUUCCCCCGAAUAGUUUCAGGGAAGAGGAUAGUGUCCCUGUCCCCGUCGUCAGCUACUCCGCCGCUAUGCAGCAACCGCCGCCGCCAAUGGCCUCCUCUCUUUCAGGAAUGCCGAUGACGUCAGGGUGUGAGGCCACACAUUUGGGUUUCUUGGAGCCGUUACCACCCAAUGAAAUCCCGAACGAGCCUCCUCCUUUUCCCAUGUGUGUUUUCUCCGGUUUGCCCCUCUUCCCCGCCCAGACUCUGACCCGAAACGUCUCCUCCGCCGUACAACCGCCGCCUGUGAUGGGGAGCUACGGCGGUUCCGGCGACGGCCCGAUGGCGUGGAUCGACGGCAUCAUUAAGGAUCUAAUCCACAGCUCAACGCAGGUGUCGAUUCCUCAGCUGAUACAGAACGUGAGAGAGAUCAUUCACCCGUGUAACCCUAACCUCGCCGCCCUCCUCGAGUACCGCCUCCGCUCCCUCGCCGAUCCUCUCGCCGCCCUCCUCGAGUCCCGCCACCAGCAGGGCCAUUAUCAACCACUUCAGGUACCGGAACCCAUGUGGGAGGCGACUCUGCCACCUCCGCCCGCCGUCCCUGCACCAGCUCCGAGGCACCCCGAUCCCCACCCGCCGCCGCCGCCGCAACCGCAGCUCAUGCCGGACAGCUCCCCCAACCUGCCGCCGCCAUAUGCUCCGUCUGGCCCUCCGAAUUCCAUCAUGAAGCGCCAAGAGCCGCAAAAACCAAAACAGGGAAAGCCGGCUCCGGAAAAUACAGAUCACCACGAAAAGAAACAGGAAUCCGAGUCUCCGGCGGCGGGAGAGAAAAACAAAGCGGCGGCGGCGGCGUUGGUCAGGAGAUCAGAGAUGGAGCAGCAGAGGAAAGACGAAGAAGGGCUCCACCUACUAACCCUCCUCCUACAGUGCGCGGAGGCCGUGGCCGCCGACAAGACAGAGGAAGCGAACGAAAUGCUUCUCCAAGUGUCGGAACUCUCCACCCCAUUCGGGACAUCGGCCCAGCGAGUGGCGGCUUACUUCUCGGAAGCCAUGUCCGCCAGGCUGGUGAACUCCUCCCUGGGAAUCUUCGCGGCGGCGCCGAUCAGCUCGCUGCCGCAGAGCCUGACCCAGAAAAUGGGCGCCGCCUUCCAGGUCUUCAACGGGAUCAGCCCCUUCGUGAAAUUCUCCCACUUCACGGCAAACCAAGCAAUCCAAGAAGCGUUCGAGAGAGAGGAGAGGGUCCACAUAAUCGACCUGGACAUAAUGCAGGGGCUGCAAUGGCCGGGCCUGUUCCACAUCCUGGCAUCCCGGCCGGCCGGGCCGCCGCUGGUGCGGCUGACGGGGCUGGGGACGUCGAUGGAGGCGCUGGAGGCGACCGGGAAACGGUUGUCGGAGUUCGCGCAGAAACUGGGUUUGCCGUUUGAGUUCUACCCGGUGGCGGAGAAGGUCGGGAACUUGGAUCCGGAGAGGCUGAAUGUCGGGGCGGGGAAGCAGAGGGGGGAGGCGGUCGCCGUUCACUGGUUGCAGCAUUCUCUGUAUGACGUCACCGGCUCGGACGCCAAUACCCUCUGGCUCUUGCAAAGAUUGGCUCCAAAAGUGGUGACGGUAGUGGAACAAGACUUGAGCCACGCAGGGUCUUUUUUGGGGAGAUUCGUGGAGGCGAUCCACUACUACUCGGCGUUGUUCGAUUCGCUGGGGGCGUGCUACGGGGAGGAGAGUGAGGAGCGGCACGCGGUGGAGCAGCAGCUCCUCUCCAAGGAGAUACGCAAUGUGCUGGCGGUGGGGGGCCCGUCACGGACGGGGGAGGUCAAGUUCAACAACUGGAGGGAGAAGCUCCAGCAGUCGGGAUUCCGGGGAGUGUCUCUGGCCGGAAACUCCGCCGCUCAGGCCACUCUGCUGCUCGGAAUGUUCAACUCCGAUGGGUACACGUUGGCGGAGGACAAUGGGGCCCUCAAGCUUGGCUGGAAGGAUCUCUGCUUGCUCACUGCUUCUGCAUGGAGGCCUCCUCCUCUCCAGCCUCAAUAAUAUUUAUAUAUUUCACUCCCUAAAUAUAUAUAAUGCAAAUUUCCAUAUCUCCAUCUCUCUCUUUUUACCUUCAUUACUAUGUUCCGUUUAAAAACAAAUUAAAAUGAUUCUCUUUUU